ACUAACCGCGAGACCGCCAUCUUGUUUAUUUUUGUUCAUCCCGGCGCCUGUAGUAGUCGUAAGUCUCUGCAACCAAUUUGUUUCAUAGCAGUUUGCCCCGUAACAGGGGUAGAAUCUGCAGACAUUGGGCGAAUUGCUAGUAAGCACGUAAAGGUGACCGUCUCGCAGAGAAGUCUACAGACCUCCGGGCGAGAUAAACAAACGGUCACAUCGCAUCAGGCUAAUGAUAUGAAUAUGAUGAACAACGUCGACAUGAUGAACCAUGUAAACGAGAAAGUCGCCAACAACGAUGGUAACAAAAUAGAGGCAGAGGACAUGGAUACAGACCAGGAUGGCAAUAACUGUCACAGUGACAGUGAUUACCAAGGUGCUGUUAAUGGAGAAGUUAAAGCCCCUUUACAAAAUGAAGAAGAAAUGGAGGAAGAUGAGAGCAGAGCAGAGGCAACAUUCCAGUUUGUAGUUGAAAAUUUUAGUAAGCUUGAAGAAUCUGUUCUCAGUCCUCCAUGUAUGGUCAGAAAUCUUCCUUGGAAAAUAAUGGCUAUGCCACGAAAAAAUCAUGCAGAAAGACAGAAGAGCCUCGGCUUUUUUCUUCAGUGCAAUGGAGAGUCCGAGUCAACAUCUUGGUCUUGUCAAGCUUCCGCGGAUUUAAAAAUGUUGAAAUGGGAUUCUGAAGGGGAACCUUGCAAAAGAUCCAUUCAGCAUUUGUUCUAUCAUAAAGAAAACGAUUGGGGAUUCAGUCACUUCAUGGCAUGGCAAGAAGUUCUUGAUCCGUCUGCUGGUUUUAUUAAAGAUGACAAAAUUAUUCUUGAAGUACAUGUUACAGCAGAUGCUCCACAUGGAGUCAGCUGGGACUCCAAAAAACAUACUGGUUAUGUUGGACUAAAAAACCAGGGAGCAACAUGCUACAUGAACUCAUUAUUACAAACCUUAUUUUUCACUAACAAAUUAAGACGGGCAGUUUAUCUUAUGCCAACUGAAAGUGAUGACAGUACAAGAAGUGUCCCGCUAGCACUUCAACGAGUUUUUUAUGAGUUGCAGUUUUCAGACAAACCAGUUGGGACAAAGAAACUAACAAGAUCAUUUGGAUGGGAGACUCUGGACUCCUUCAUGCAGCAUGAUGUUCAGGAGCUUUGUCGUGUGUUGCUAGAUAACAUGGAAAGCAAAAUGAAAGGCACUUGUGUGGAAGGGACUAUUCCAAAGUUGUUUGAAGGGAAAAUGUUGUCUUACAUAAAAUGCAAGCAUGUGGAAUAUGAUUCUAAAAGAGAGGAAACAUUCUUUGAUAUUCAGUUGAACAUAAAGGGGAAGAAAAGUGUUGUUGAAUCUUUCAAAGAGUACUGUACAGUAGAGACACUUGAUGGUGAUAAUAAAUAUGAUGCAGGAGAAUAUGGUUUACAGGAAUCUGAGAAAGGUGUUAUUUUUCUGUCAUUUCCUCCUGUGUUACAUCUUCAUCUGAUGCGCUUCAUGUAUGACCCAGUAACAGAUGCUAAUAUAAAAAUUAAUGAUAGGUUUGAAUUUCCAGAAAGGUUAGUUUUGGAUGAGUUCCUUCAAAAGAAAGAAAAAACAUCAGCUACAUAUCUCUUGCAUGCAGUACUUGUUCAUAGUGGAGAUAAUCAUGGAGGACAUUAUGUUGUCUAUAUUAAUCCUAAAGGAGAUGGAAAAUGGUGCAAAUUUGAUGAUGAUGUAGUAUCUCGGUGUACAAAGUCAGAAGCUAUUGACCACAAUUUUGGCGGUCAGGAUGAAGACCUUACCGUCAGACACUGUACAAAUGCUUACAUGUUGGUGUAUAUACGUGAAAGUGAUUUGAGUGAAAUCCUAGAACCUGUGAGUGAGAAAGAUAUUCCUGAUUCUUUAACUGCAAGAUUAAAUGAAGAAAGAAAGUUAGAAGCUCUUAAACGGAAGGAAAGAACAGAGGCUCAUCUCUAUAUGAAUGUGCAUGUAUUGACAGAGGACCAUUUCUGUGGUCACCAAGGAAAUGAUUUAUUUGAUACAGAGAAAGUGAACUAUAGAAGUUUUAAAGUCAAGAAAACUUCAACACUUGCAGAAUUUAUGGACAUUCUGGCUGAGAAUUUGAAAUAUCCUGUCCAACAAAUAAGGCCAUGGCCUUUUCACUGUCGACAAAAUCAAACAUUCAGACCAACAAUUCUUGACCUUGAGGCGGACUUCAACAAACAAGUCUCAGAGCUUUCCGAGCAGGAAAACCCUUGGGUCAUCUUUGUGGAAACCCUCACUCCAGAAAGUGGUUUGCAGGAGUUACCACCAUUUGAUAAAGAUAGUGAUGUUCUAUUGUUUUUGAAAUUAUAUGACCCAAGAACAAAGUCCAUUUCUUAUGUUGGUCAUUUAUAUGUACCUAUAUCUGCCAAAGCAAAUGAACUGGUACCUCAACUCAACAGGAAAGCUGGCUUUCCAGUUAACACACCUUUAAUUUUAUAUGAGGAAGUAAAACCAAACUUAAUAGAAAAGCUAGAAGAUCUCAGCUUGCCAAUGGAAAAGUUACUUGAUGAACUGAUGGAUGGUGACAUUAUUGUCUUUCAAAGAGAGGAAGAAGAAUAUGCUCAGUAUCCAUUACCUACACCUAAAGAGUAUUUCAGGGAUCUUUUCUAUCAAGUUGAGGUGACUUUCUGUGAUAAAUCAUUGCCAAACGACCAAGGUUUUACAUUAGAUUUGUCUCAAAAGAUGAACUAUGAUCAGAUGGCUAAUGCUGUUGCUAACCAUUUAGGCACAGAUCCUUACAAACUGCAGUUUUUUAAAUGUCAGGGUUAUAGAGAUGGUCCAGGAAACCCAGUCAAGUGCACUUAUGAAGGAAAUUUGCGGGAUCUCCUAGUCUACUCUAAACCCAGACAACCUAAGAAGUUGUAUUAUCAACAGCUUGACAUGAAGAUCAGUGAACUAGAAAACAAAAAGCAAUUUAAAGUGUUGUGGUUGAACAGCAAAAUGAAAGAAGAGAGGGAGUUGGUCUUGUAUCCCAACAAAAAUGGAAAAGUGCAAGAUUUGUUAGAAGAAGCCAAAAAACAGGUUGAACUAUCUGAGAGUGGUUCAGGCAAGUUAAGAUUGUUAGAGAUCAUUAGCUACAAAAUUUUGGCUGUGCAGAAAGAAGACCUAGCUUUGGAUCACUUGGUCAUUGGAGGAACUAAAACUUACCGUAUUGAAGAAAUACCAGCUGAUGAAGUCACUAUGGCAGCUGAUGAACUGCUUAUACCUGUUGCUCACUUUCAAAAGGAAAUGUAUCAGACAUUCGGCAUACCAUUUCUUCUCAAGAUAAAAGAUAAUGAGCCAUUUAGUGCAGUUAAAGAACGAAUCCAGAAAAAACUUGAUAUUCCUGAUAAAGAAUUUGAAAAGUACAAGUUUGCAAUCAUUGUAAUGGGCAGAUUAGAAUACAUCUCUGAAGACUCCCAGGAUAUUAAAGUAGAUCUCAAAAAGUUUAUACCUCAUGCAGUACAGUCAGGUAUGGGCAUGCAGGCACGUCCUUGGCUUGGAUUAGAUCAUGUAAACAAGACACCCAAAAGAGCAAGAUAUAACUAUUUGGAGAAAGCAAUCAAGAUUCACAAUUAAAACUAGAAAUGGGCAGCUUUAGACUUACCAACUGUUCUACAUCUCAGUAACAACACUAGUACUUUCUCUUGUAACUUAAAAGUGAAGUCUCAUCUAAUAUAUAUAUAUGGAGGCUAGUUUAAAGUUCUUUCUGACACAUUUUUUUAUAUAUCAGAACUGAUAUAUACAUUUUUUUUCCCCAAUUAAUAGUGCAAUAUUAUGUCAUUUUUACUUUAAAAAACAAAAGUUGAAAUCUUGAUGGAUUUGUUCUUAUCUACUUGAAAUGAAAAGGAUAAACAUUUUGAUGCUGUUGUUUAGAUCUUGUAGAGCUGUUCAUCAGCUGUGCUGCUCACCAAGUAAGUUCAAUGACCAAGCACUGUUUGGAGUAUUGUUGACAAGUCAUGUUUAGUACAGUGUCCAUCUAUUAUGCCAUUAAAAUAUUGAGAAUUUGUACUUGCAUUAUGUAUGCUCAGAAGUCACAUUGUUUUGUGUGGAUGUGUGAGUGACUUGAUAAGAAUGCCAGUGCAAUUCAUUGAAAGUAUUGAUGUAAAUAUCAUUAUCUGAAUGACAGGUGUUUUUUUUUUUAAGUUUUUGAUCGGCUCUCAUAAUAACAUAACAUCACAGCAAUGACAUAGAAAAAAAAUAAUGAAACUACCCCUUUUCCCCACACUCUCUCUUUCUCAUCUUGAAUGUUGAUGUGGAUGCAACAUGUUAACCAUUUUGGCUCUUCCUGGUAUGACUGAAGAGCAGAAGUAGGAAGCCUCAGGAGUUAUUUCCCAUCAUCUAAAGCUAGUCUAAAUACUCAUUGACAUGUUGGCUCCCUCAAUAAUAUUUGUUUUCUCCUUAGAGUGGAAUGUUGUCACAUGGACACAUUUCUUGUAUAGUUUACUUCAGUUACAAGAUUUAAAAAAAAACUUUGAGUUGUAGGUCAAUUAACAUACAAUAUAAUUACAUGCUAAUACCAAAAAAAAAAAAUAUGUGACAAGUGAUUUCUUCAAUAUCAUGUUGAAACUCUGAAGGUGCUAUAAGAUUUUGUUUGUCAAAACUUUGUUUUACUAUUGAAUCAAUCUUACCAUCUUAUGAGUCUUUCCUGCAUAGAAAGCGAAUCAAAGAUCUCCAAGUUUUUAUCAAAUCUAUACUUGAAACUUCUGAACUCAUUAAGAAUAAAUAGAAAUGUUUGCAAAUAAAUGUGUUUUUAUAAAAUUGUGUUGUUGUUUUUUUUUUUUAUAAUUUUUCAAAAAGAUCUGAACUGACCCAAUGAAUUUUUUUCCCAGUAAGUUAUAAAAAGGUUAUUCCAAAUUUCUGUUCUUCAAGUUUUGUUCAGCAAGCUAAUUGCAAAUUUUUUUCUGUUGCAGUUUUUUUGUUUUGUUAUUUCUGGGGUUUUUUUUUUUGGUUCUAUACAUUUGCACUACAAUAAAUGUCAAUAUUAGAAACUUUCUACCCAUAAACCAAUGAAUGGUUUCUUAAAGCAAACGAUAGACGUUCAUAUUUCUUCUUCCUGACUAGACAAAACACAGAUUUGUGAACAGAUCAGAAGGUCAGCUUAGUAAAGUAACCAACCCUUUAUAGUUUGAGUACUUGGAAGUUGCAGUGGAUUUUUUUGUUUUUCCUUUGCUAUUUGUUGUGAGUUUAGCCACUGAGUUGGUUGAUGGUGGAGUGCUGACUGAAUGAGCCUAUUGUUGUUCUUGUAAAUUAUUUUUGUACAUUCUUCUAAAUAUUUUAUUGAAAUGGUUUGUUGUACAUUUUUAAUUCAACAUAUUCAUGCUGAAUAUUUUUUUAUCAUGUCAAAAGUCUUUAAUUCACAAUCAGGCCAAAACUAAGUAAUUAGGUCAGUAACUUAGUCUCUAUUUCAUUUUGAAUCUGAGUUUAUAGAACAACAAAUUUUUGGGAUCAAAUUUCUUUCCCUUGUCAAGUUUGUACAGAUGAAACUGCAUCGUUAGUAAACCUAUCUUCCACAAACACGUUUGCCAAUACUGGUCUGCCUGAGAAACGAUGGAAGUGAGAAUCAAGAAAAAAAUAGUUUUUGUCUAAUUCUGCAAGCAGUGGACAAUAUAGAUCUAGAUCUAUUUCUGUUCAUUUACUAAUUAUGUUCAUUUUCUUUAAUUAUCCUUAAUUUCCCAUGCCACCACAAAGAGGAAUUGUAUUUUGAAAAUGCCAGAUAGGUAUUUUUUUAAAUUCAUUUCCAUACAAUGAAAUAAAUCAAUAAAAUCAAUGCAAAGUA